AUGGCCGCACCAAGAUCAAUUUUAGAUGAGGUGACGCUCCAGAACGACAGCAAGAUCCCCCAUCUCGGGUUUGGCGUCUACAAGUCGCCUCCUGAGGUGUGCGUGCAAUCAUGCCUUACUGCAUUACAAUGCGGGUAUAGACACAUCGACACUGCACAAUACUACGCCAAUGAGUCCCAAGUCGGAGAGGCCCUUGAAAGGUCUGGACUGGCUCGCAAAGAGAUCUUCGUCACAUCCAAGAUCCUCGAGGCCGCUGGUUCUGUAGACAAAAGUUACCAACAAUGUGUCGAAAGCAUAGAAAAGCUUGACGCCGUCGAGCACUAUGCUGAUCUCUACCUCAUUCACAGCCCGAACAGCGGGACCGAGAAGCGGAAAGAAAUGUGGUUAGCUCUCGAGAAGCUGUACCAAGAUGGCAAAGCGAAAAGUAUCGGUGUUAGCAACUUCAGCAUUGAGCAUAUCGAGGAAUUGAAGCAGUACGCUAAGAUCUGGCCUCCUCAUGUCAACCAAAUCGAGUUGCAUCCAUGGUGCCAGCAGCGAGCAAACGUGGAAUACUGCGUGAAGCACAGCAUCGCGGUAGAGGCCUAUUGCCCAUUGGUACGAAAUAAAAAGGCAGACGAACCGACUCUUAAGAAGCUUGCUGAGAAGCACGGUGUCUCGAACUCUCAAAUCCUGAUUCGAUGGUCUCUUCAGAGAGGUUUCAUUCCACUCCCGAAGAGUGAUACUCCAUCACGCAUCAAUAGCAAUGCUGAUAUUUUCGGGUUCGAUCUAAGCGACGAUGAUAUGACGAGUCUGAAUAAUCUCAACCAGGGUCGUGAAGGGUCAAUUGUGCAACCAGUAGACAAUUAA